UAUAGCUCAGAGAUAAUAAUAUAUAUAAGAGAUCCAAGAUGAUGAGUUACUAUUGGAUUGUUGUACUAAUAUUCCUAAGUCAUUCAUUAACCACCCAUUCAUCAUCUCUUUUUUCACCUUUUAAUAAUCAUCCUCACUUUCACUUGUGUAAUACUUACGACAGCUCUGCUUUGCUCCAAUUCAUCAACUCAUUUUCCAUUGAAUUUCCUCAAGAUCUCUCUUGGAAGAAUGGAACUGAUUGUUGUUUUUGGGAUGGAGUGUCAUGUGAUCAACAAUCUGGUCAUGUCAUUGGCCUUGAUUUAACUCAUACCUAUCUUAAAGGCCCUCUUCACUCCAACAACACCCUUUUCUCACUUCACCAUCUUUAAACUUUAAUCCUUGAUUACAGUAAUUUCUAUGGAUCUCCAAUUCCAUCUGAGUUUGGCACCUCCUUUCCAAACUUGACAGAGCUUAGCCUCUCUGCUGCCAAUUUUAGCGGUUACAUCCCUGUCCAAUUAUCUCAUCUCUCUAAACUCACUCAUCUCACUGUUGAUUCAUAUGGUGAUGAUGAUAUUAUUCAGCUGGAGACUUAUGUGAUGAAAAGAAUGCUUCAAAACUUCACAAAUCUCAGGGAACUUUUUCUAUUCAAUGUCAACAUGUCUAAUGUUGAACUAGUUACUUCUUUCACCAAUAUAUCAUCUUUUUUAGAGCUUCUUUAUUUGGACUUUUGUGGAUUGCAAGGGAAAUUUCCAGAAAAUGUCUUUCGCUUACCAAACCUCCAACAACUCAGUUUAAGGAACAACUAUGAUGUUAUUGGUUCCAUGCCUACAUCUAAUUGGAGCACUCCACUCUGGUACUUACAUCUUUUCAACACCAAAAUCUCUGAAAUGUUGACCAACCUAACUCAAUUACUACAACUCACUUCAUUAAGCCUUAGUUACAACAAUUUUGGUGGCCAAAUCCCAUUGCAUUAUCUCAAUCUUCACCAAUUCAUUUAUUUGGAUCUUUCUGGAAACAAUUUCGUUGGUGAGAUUCCAGAAUUUUCAAAAACAUCAAACUCCUCCCAAACCCCACUACCUACCCAUUUAGAAUCCCUUCACUUAUCUGAUAACUUGCUCAGUGGACCAAUACCUUCUUGGAUAUAUUCUCUUCCACUUUUAAGUGAUUUAUCCUUGUCUAAUAAUAACCUUACUGGCCCAAUUAAAGAUUUUAAGUCAAAAUCUCUUCAAUUUCUUUCCUUAGGUUCCAAUAAACUGAAGGGCGAGAUUCCAAACUCAAUCUUCCAACAAGAAAAUCUUUCAUUGCUAGAUCUCUCAUACAACAAUUUGGAUGGUGUUGUGGAGCUAAGCAAGUUUUCAAAGUUAACUAAUCUUCAGAGUCUUGAUCUUUCUUUUAACAAUUUCAUUGUGCACUCAAAUAACUUCACCAAUAAUAUUCCUUUUCCUCAACUUCAACGAUUGGGUUUGGCCUCUUGCAAUAUUAGUGCAUUUCCUCAUUUUCUAAAAGGCAUGAAAAACCUACAACGCUUACAACUUUCCCACAACCAAAUUCAAGGAAGAAUUCCUAAAUGGCUAUGGAAUAAUAUUGGAACAAGUUUGUCGGAUUUGAACAUUUCUCACAACUUCCUCACACAUGUAGAGCAAGUUCCAUGUAAGAACUUACAAUCCUUAGAUCUUCGUUCUAACAUGAUUCAUGGGCAUCUUCCAAUUGUUCCACCCUCAUUGAUUUUUUUUUUCAUCUCAAAAAAUAAUCUAUAUGGAGAAAUAUCUUCUACAUAUUGCAAUUUGAGUGGCUUGCAAAUCCUUGACAUCUCAAAUAAUAACAUUCAAGGAAAAAUUCCUUCAUGCCUUGCAAAUUUAUCCUCUCUCUCCGUGCUAGACUUCCAUAAGAAUAAUUUUAGUGGAGAAAUCCCUCAAGGCAUGUUUAAAAAUUUAACUAAUUUGAGGAGUUUGCACCUUAGUGGAAAUCAUCUAGAAGGAUCCAUACCGCGCUCUUUGCGCAAUUGUCAAAGCUUAGAAGUGUUAGAUGUGGGCAGUAACAAGAUAACUGCUACAUUCCCUUAUUGGUUGGAAGAGCUUCCAAAGCUUCAAGUUCUUGUUUUGAAAUCAAAUAGAUUCCAUGGCUUCAUGGGAGCACCUAAGAUUAAAUAUCCCUUUCCCAAGUUGCAAAUUUUGGAUAUCUCAAACAAUGAAUUCAGUGGUCGUCUACCAACAAAGUAUUUUAGAAGUUUCAAAGCUAUGAUGGGGGAAUAUGUAACCAGUCGUAACUUGACACACAUUGGAGAUAUGUAUUACCAAGAUUCUGUAAUUGUGGUAAUGAAAGGUUUUGAGCGAGAACUGGAAAAGAUCAUAAGUAUUUUCGCAACAAUUGAUUUUUCAAGAAACAACUUUGAAGGAGAGAUUCCAGAGUCGAUUGGAAAGUUAAAAUCACUAAAAGGGCUCAACUUUAGUCAAAAUAGACUACAUGGUUCCAUUCCGAUGUCAUUGAUUAAUUUAAGUAAUCUCGAAGGGUUAGAUCUCUCUUCGAAUGACUUGAGUGGAGAAAUUCCAAGCAAAAUGGCCGAUUUGACGCAACUUUCUUACUUGAACCUUUCAUACAACAAAUUAGAAGGACAAAUACCUCGUGGAAACCAAUUUGAUACAUUCAACAAUGAUUCAUACGAAGGAAACAUAAAAUUAUGUGGGUUUCCUUUGUCUAAAUCAUGUAACACGGAGAUGAAACGAGAAGAUGAUCAUGGCGAGGAGCAUACUGAUCACAUAAUAUUAGAUUGGAAAAUUGUGAUGGCGGGGUAUGGAUGUGGUCUAAUAAUUGGAAUAUCUUUGGGAUACGUAGUUCUUUACGGUGAAAGGUUUGAUUAUUGGUUACAUAAGAAGAUCAUAGGACGACAACAACAAAAGAUUGAGCAGCGCCGCAAAAGAAAUUCUCGUUUACGAAGAAGAAGCUAAAAUAUCAAAUCAGCUAGCUCGUGGUCAAAGAAAGUGAAGUAACUUUUGGAGAAGGAGGCUCAUGAUCAGCCAUGCCUUUCAAGCUCUGUGUGUUUUCUUUAAUAAUAAUAAAAGAAUAAAAUUAUCUUUGUAUUAAUAUACGUGAUACAAAAUGAAACUUCCCCUUAUAUUAAUUCCAAUAACUAAAUUUUGAAUGUUAUAGUGUACUUAUAUUAGAAAUGGAGUGUAUUCUUUUAAUAAUAAUAUAUAAUAGUGGGAGACUAGUUUGUUUA